GGGCAAAGCCAAGCCGAGGAGAAGCAGCCCGCUCCGGUCGGGGUUCUUGCCUCAGGGUCGCCCCAAGGGGAAGGGCGUCCUCCGUGGCCUCCGCCGCUCGCCUCCUCCCCUCCGUGGAUGGAGGAGCAGCGGCGGCGGCGGCGGCGGCGCGGAGCGUUCGAGGGCGGCGGGGAGCAGGCGAGGGAGCCGCCGCUGCUGCUGCUGCCUCCGCUGAGGAAGGGGAGGAGCCGCCGGGGCUGAGGCUGGAGGGAAGGCAGAGAGGAAAGGGCGCCCGCUGCCGCCGGAGGGAAGGAAGAGCGGCGCCCCUCUCGCCCGCUGCCCAGGGAGAAGGGCGCCCCCUGCUGCCGGAGGGGAGAAGAGCGGCAGGGCCCCUCGCACCUGGAGCCGAAGGGCCCCUCGGUCUCCGCUGGGCGCUGAGCGGAGGAGAGAGAGAGAAGCGCGGCGCUCCUCCCUCGCUUGACCCAGGGCUGAAGGGAGGGAAGAACGGGGCCUCCCUCCCGAGAGAGAGCCUCCUCCUCGGCCUCCGCUGGGCAGAGAAGAGCCGCUCCCCUUCCAUCUGGGCAAAGAAGGUUACAGGAAGGACAAUAGCUUGGUGCUAAGACCAACACUUUGCAUGCUUCACAUGUUGGAAGUUCCAGAUUCAGUCUCCAGGAGCCAGAACGUGAACCUUUUAUGGGAUCCAAAUGUCUGCUGAAUGGAUGACGUGUCUGCGGUAAUUAAGGGUGACUGUUUAAUAGCAGGCAUGGAUCGGUUUGGUUUUUAUCAUCAAGACUGCAUUAUACACAGCACAAAGGCCAACAUGGGUUCAUGCUUUCUUGUCAUUCUGCUCAGCAGCUACCUGACGUGCCUAGGAUCUGCCAGCAUGGCCACAGUACGGCCCUCGAUCAACUCUUCCUGGCCCACAAGUUCUGUGAAAAUUGCCAGGACACAGCCAAGCAUCAGGAAGCCCACGAGUCCAGUCAGUAGAAAUGCAACUUUUCCAACUGUGACUCCCACUGUGGUACAGAACUAUACUAUGCCAAAGGCCACUGAACUCCCUGCUACCACAACCAUCACUUCAAAAGGCACAGAGGCUACGACUGCAAAGCCAGCUGUGCUCACUUCUGGGACCACCUCCUUUCCACAAAAUGCCACAUCCUCUGUUCCACAAACAACUCCUGUAGAUACCGACCUGAUUCCUUUGGAGGCCAACACCACAACAGCAGUAUCAACUCCAAAAGUUUUUGACACCUCAACUGAGAUAACCAGAGACCCAGAUAAUAGUGAUACCAGACGAGAUGAGACGCCCAUCAUAGCUGUUAUGGUGGCAUUAUCUUCCUUGCUAGUCAUAGUAUUUAUUAUUAUUGUCCUGUACAUGUUAAGGUUCAAAAAGUACAAACAAGCUGGCAGUCAUUCCAAUUCCUUUCACUUGUCAAAUGGUCGGACAGAUGACAUGGAGCCUCAGAGCAUGCCAUUGCUUGCCAGAUCUCCCAGUACCAACAGAAAGUACCCACCUCUGCCUGUCGAUAAACUAGAGGAGGAAAUUAAUCGGCGAAUGGCAGAUGACAACAAACUUUUCCGCGAGGAAUUUAACGCUCUCCCAGCAUGCCCCAUCCAGGCUACCUGUGAAGCUGCCUCUAAGGAAGAAAACAAGGAGAAAAACAGAUAUGUUAACAUCUUGCCUUAUGAUCAUUCCAGGGUUCAUCUGACACCGCUUGAAGGGGUUCCAGACUCUGAUUACAUCAAUGCCUCAUUCAUUAAUGGGUACCAAGAGAAGAACAAGUUCAUUGCAGCCCAAGGACCAAAAGAAGAAACUGUGAAUGACUUCUGGAGAAUGAUUUGGGAGCAAAAUACAGCAACAAUUGUCAUGGUGACCAACUUGAAAGAAAGGAAAGAGUGUAAAUGUGCUCAGUACUGGCCAGAUCAGGGCUGCUGGACCUAUGGAAACAUCAGAGUAUCUGUGGAAGAUGUCACAGUCCUGGUUGACUACACAGUGCGGAAAUUCUGCAUUCAGCAGGUAGGCGAUGUCACCAACAAAAAGCCUCAGCGCCUGGUGACACAAUUCCACUUCACUAGCUGGCCCGAUUUUGGGGUCCCUUUCACUCCCAUUGGGAUGCUGAAGUUCCUGAAGAAAGUGAAGGCAUGUAACCCCCAGUACGCAGGGCCCAUCGUUGUACACUGCAGUGCUGGUGUGGGCCGAACAGGCACUUUUAUUGUCAUUGACGCCAUGCUGGACAUGAUGAACAGUGAGAGAAAGGUGGAUGUUUACGGUUUUGUAAGCCGCAUCCGGGCACAGCGCUGCCAGAUGGUACAGACUGAUAUGCAGUAUGUGUUCAUCUAUCAAGCUCUUUUGGAGCAUUAUUUGUAUGGAGACACAGAACUGGAGGUGACAUCACUAGAGAUCCACCUCCAGAAGAUUUAUAACAAAAUCCCAGGGACCAGCAGCAAUGGAUUGGAAGAAGAAUUUAAGAAACUAACCUCAAUCAAAAUUCAAAAUGAUAAGAUGAGAACAGGCAACUUGCCGGCCAACAUGAAGAAGAACCGGGUGCUCCAGAUAAUUCCAUAUGAGUUCAACCGGGUGAUCAUUCCAGUAAAGCGGGGUGAAGAAAACACUGAUUACGUGAACGCUUCCUUUAUUGACGGCUAUCGUCAGAAGGACUCCUACAUAGCCAGUCAAGGUCCACUCCAGCACACAAUAGAGGACUUCUGGCGGAUGAUCUGGGAAUGGAAAUCCUGUUCCAUUGUUAUGUUGACUGAACUGGAAGAAAGGGGUCAGGAAAAGUGUGCCCAGUAUUGGCCUUCUGAUGGGUCUGUGUCCUAUGUUGAUAUUACUGUGGAGCUGAAGAAAGAGGAGGAGUGUGAAAGCUACACAGUGCGGGACCUUCUAGUGACGAAUACGAGGGAAAACAAAAGCCGACAGAUCCGGCAGUUCCACUUCCAUGGGUGGCCAGAGGUUGGCAUCCCCACCGACGGGAAAGGAAUGAUCAACAUUAUUGCAGCUGUGCAGAAGCAACAGCAACAGUCUGGAAACCAUCCAAUCACUGUGCACUGCAGCGCUGGAGCAGGACGAACAGGCACCUUCUGUGCUCUGGGCACUGUCUUAGAAAGAGUCAAGGCUGAAGGGAUUCUGGAUGUCUUUCAGACGGUGAAGAGCUUGAGGUUACAGAGGCCACACAUGGUCCAAACACUGGAACAGUACGAAUUCUGUUACAAGGUGGUUCAGGAAUAUAUUGACGCCUUUUCAGAUUACGCCAACUUCAAGUGAAUGCGAACAUCACUCAACAGAAGAGUUGCCUUCUUUAAUACUUUGUAAUAUUCUGUUUGUUAAUAUCCCCUGCCCCCCUCCCCCCAAAGUGUAUAUAUCUUAACCGUUCUAGAGGGUUGGUACCAUAAGAUUCCUAUUAGCUGGAGAUUUUAUAUGUAGCAAAAGUGUUAGAAAGAGAUUGUAGGCACUUUUUUUCCAAUGUUUUAUUGGGGAAUUAAAUAGCGUGAUAUUUGGAUUAAUAUUGUCAAAUCUCUCUCCUGGAGAGUUGAUGCAAGCUGUUUUUGUUUUGUAAAUCUAAUUUUUUUUUUCCUUGAGGGAGUAAAGCCUUUUUUAAAAAACCAAAUGCGAUUGUUCAUAUCAGCUGUUUCUUUUUUUUUAAUGGCUCAUGAAUGCUAUUUUUAAGACAAGCACCACCACCCCCAGCCCAUGGAAAAGUGGUUUAAUAUUUUCCAGUUUGUUUGCUUUAUAAGUAUAUUUAUCAGAGGUUUUGAAUAAGAGGAGGAAAGUUGUCUCUAUUGCCUUUCUUCCAGUAUCUCUGCACACAGACAGUUCCUCCCCAUUUCAAAAGAUGUGGCACCCACUCUGUACUAGAGCCCCAUGAGGUUCUGGGUGUUAAGCGGGUGUCCAAACAACCAACUCCUGUAGAUGGAGGACACAGUAUUAGGAUUUCCUAUUGUGGAGGAGAGCUUGGUCAGUCUUCGCUCAGCCACAAAGAUUAUUUUGAGUGUUUUAUGAAUAACAAAGCCACGCAUCACUUUGAUGCUUCGCUUACUCUCUGUUUUUACCAGCAGCUUUUCUAAUGGCACUCUCCAGUGCCUAAGUCCAGCUAAGCUGCUUCCUGCUUUGUCCAUCUGCUUAAUAACUAAGUUGUAUCUAUUUCAGUUGUUUUGCUGUCCCUCUGUCUGUUCCCUUGGACCUCAGCUAGCACUGAGGCCACAUGUAAUGUUCAGUAGACAUCUCCUACCAAGAAGGGCAACAGAUCUUCCUCCAUAUUUCCUGUGAUGCUCAAGCAACUAUACCCAUAUCAUUCCACAGUGCAUUUCCUUCCAGAUGUGAAUUGUUUGCUGCCAGACAUAGAAAUACAAUGCUUAAAGCUACCUGAAUGUGCUGAGAGGAACUUGACAAGAGUUGCCAUUUUUCAUAUUCAAAAUUCACAAAACAGUGGUACUUUAUUAGGCCAACCAAAAUGCACAAAAAACAACUUGCAAGCUUUUGAAGCUCCACUGGCUUCUUCAUCAGGCAAAUGUGUUAAAAAUCAUACAGGAGUGGGGGAAUUAAGCUGAUGUUAGUCCCAAGUCUGCAUUUUGUCAAGAUGUGACUGUUCCCAGUUCAGAUGAUUUUGGAGGGACAUUCAUGCAGGCAGGACCCCUCCUCCUUCUGGCCAUUUGUUAGAAAAAUAUUUUACAUUUGUUUACCUUUUACAAAGGUAAAGCAUUUUUCUUUUUAAAAAUGGACUACAUUUGGCAUGUUUUAACAAAACAGCAUCUAAAAAUUGUUUCCUAAUGCAAAAAACAUGGAGGGUAUCUUUAGAAAUUCAGUUCUCUCUGCCUAACAAAGGAGCUUGUAGCCUCACAAAGAUCGGGGGCAACUUGGAUCUCAAGAGGAGUAACUCUUUUUGUUUUGCUAGGGAACUUAAAAAUAUAUAUAUUUUCCUGGAAUAACCAGAUGGACAGAAGGAGACGGGGACUGCCUGAAUGAAUGACAGAGAACCAGUCAGGACAACUAGAGUGGCCAGACAGAGGACUCUCUCAGGGUUGAGUCCCAGUUCCUUCCUGACUGAGACCAAGUUCUUUCCUGACUGGUUUACAGAGUCUUUACAGGUGUGGCAAGCAGGACAUUUCUGAGAUGGAGAACAACCUCACCAAGCUCUUCAGAAUUGCUCUAUAGAAGGAAAGAUCCAGGCAAGCUGGGGAAAGGCCACUGAGAAAGCCUGCUAAAGAGCUCAUCCUUGACCUCCUCUCCCUGAGAAAGACUUUACUUCCUGGGAAGGUUUUUGGCUGCCUCUUACUUCUCCGUCCUUGUGUCCUUCUAUAGCAGCUUUCCAAGGAUGGGGUAAAUACAAUAUCCUGUCCACACACUGUCUCCUCCUUUCAUGACUCUCCCUAUGACUGGCAGACUGUACAGCCACCAGUAUUCUUCUCAUUCCUGGUCAGAACAGCAGCUGACAGCCUCCCCAGCUUGUCAGAAGAAGGGAGAGGAAGUAUAAUGGUCCCUGAUGUCCCCUUCAUCAUCUUCAUUUCUUUUUCUCUUUCCCUUGCCUCCUAUUUGACAGCUCUGAUUCACAGCUAUACCACUCCUCUCACUUAUACUAAUACAGUAUAAACCACACCUUGAAGCCCUCCUUUCCCCUCCAGAUCAGAGGUUAGAGGCAGUCCUCCAGAUGAUGCUGAACUAAAGUCCCUGUAGCCUUAGCCAACAUAACUGAUAGUGAAGAAUUGUGGGAGUUGCAGUAUGAUGUCAUCUGGAGUACCACGUGGUUCUUAUCUUUGCUGUAGGUGUUUGGGAGAGGCACAGUCUGCUGGAACCUUCCGUGCAAAGUCCUUUAAUAUUAAAUGGAAAUAGGGCACAAUCCUGCUAUUCAUGUUGUUGGAUAGGGCCCUGGUUUCUUCAUCUUUGGAGGAAUGGGUUGGGUAGGAGGGAGAUUUAAAAAUCUUUGCAAAACAAAUCUGCUUUAUUUCCAACACAUGAUAGUUUCUGUGCCCCUUUCUGCAUUCUUGCUUGGUCCUCUUCUCUCCACACACCCCUUUUGUAAGAACAACUUUAUAUGUGUGUGUUUAAUUCACUUUACUUCCAUCUCCUUUUUGAACUGCUUGGCCAGAAGCUCACUGUAGAAAGGACAUGAAUUUCAGAUCAGAAAGAUGGAAGAAGGGAUAAAGAACACCCAUGAUUUGGAGGCAGGUGCCUCGGUGGCAGUGAUGGACUAGUAGAGAGAUCACUUGCCAUCCUCCUGAACCUGUAUGUUAAUAUAUCACCUAGGGAUAUGGGCAUAUAUGAGACAGAUUGACAUGGUACAGAUCUUGAUAAUAUAUGAGUAGCCAUUACCUUCCUGGCAUGUGAGGAGUCUGGUUGUAGGAAUUUAGCUCCAGGAUUAUCCUGAGUAUCUCACAUUUUUCUUGUCAGCUUGAGUCAACAUGAAUGACUAUACACAGAUGCAGGUUGGAAUGACAGUUUAACAUACAUAGUCUACCAAUGUUAAUAGCUUGUCUCUGACAGAGAGUUGCAUGUGCCAUAGACCUAAAAAGAAAAUGCAGGCAAUCCCAGGUGAACUUGGGAGAUAUGUUUGUCCACAACUAACACUCUUCCAUCUGCAAACCAUGCAGGAUAUUAUUUUAAAAAUAAAUACAUUAGCAUACUCAGCUCUUAACAACUCACAAAUUUAUCAAUAUGUUGCUGAAACUAGAUGUGUCUAAUUGUUUUGAACCUAGACAAAAUAUGCCAGAUACAUUUGAACACCUAAGAGGAGUCGUACUGAAUCAGACAAAAGGUCUACUUCACAGCCUCUAAUACUAAAGGUUAUUUAUAGCCAUUAGCCCAUUCAUGCCAUGAAAAAUAUCUGAUGGACAAAUUUAACAGAGAGCAGGUGGGUUAUUCCUGUUUUUAGCAAUGCCAGUGCACCUGAGAGUGAAGGAAUAAGGGGAAAUCUAUGCAGUUUGAACCAUUGUGGAAGUUAGGGAAGUUAGCAGUGGCUAUGAAUCAGAUUGACUAAAUAUCACGUUCAGUGUUGGAGGGAGUGUGCCUUUGUAAAAACAGUUUCUGGGAUACAUCAGACCAAAGGUGCCGUUGCAUCCACGUUCUCCUGGUGAGCUUUUCAUAGGAACAAAAUGUUGGUCUAGGUUACCCUAUAGCAGGAUUCUUUUGUUUUUAGCCUGAACAAUGCCAGGAAACCUGUAUGUCACACAGGCUGUUGGUGUUUACCAGGGCCACCCUUCUUCUAAAGUUGCAUGAUCAACUCUGUACCCUCCCCAGGUGUAUGAUAAAUAUUGACUAUCUGUUAAACCUGCUGGUGUCUUCUGAUGAUAGGACUUCGCUACUCCUCUCAAAACUCUGGUCUGUGCCUGUUUUGAAAUGUGCUUAGCUGUCAGAUCAAACAAGAGUUUGCCUGCAAGCGAAUAAAUCUUGCCCAUCGAUUCAAUCGUCCUCACGAAAGACACCAUGAGAGCCAAAUUUUAGCUGUAUCCACCCUUGCCAAAGAAUGCUGAGUCUGCAACAGAGUCCUGUUGCCAAGGAUAGGGCCCAUGUAAUUUUCUUAAGCAGGCCGGACUUACCCAAGACUGGCUGUGACCCCAAGCAGUGUCAAGUGCCUUUGUAUGUGUAGGUGGGUGUGUGGUUCCAUGUACUCUGUAAAUUCUCUUGUGCCCAGCACUCAGCAGCUCCUAUGAUUAGUUGCCUAAGAGCCAUUUUGAGGGAGCAAGCUGAAUUGUGCAAGUAGGGAGAGAAGUGGCCACAUCCACAACCAGUCUGAUUCCCCUUGAUUUCUUACUAUAGUAUCAGAUUGAAUUGAACAUGUGCAGCCUUAUUACACAUAAACAGAACCAGAGUGAUUGCCUUCUUAGAUCCCAGUUCAUAUUGCCAGUCAGUGUAGUUGCUUUUCCUUUGGUUAGUGUCCGUGUAAAGGAAGCCUCCCAUGUGGUUCUUCCAAGAAGGCAAACAUCAGUUGUAUGCUCUGUUAAGUAAUCAAUAAGAGGAAUUGUUUCAUACAUUAGCAAAAGGAAAAAGAUAAGUUUAGUGUUCAUGAGGUCACAGGUCCAUUCUUUGGCACACUGUCAUCUUGGGCACCAGGCCUGGGCUCCAGGAAUUACUGCCAAUCAGAGUAGUUAUGCUGAAUGCUUACUCUGUAAGCAUUUUAAGAAGUGGGAUUAUAUCCACUGCAGCUCAUGCAAAAGUAAAAACCAGUCAGUCUUAAAGGUGCUGCUACAUUCCUUCCCCCCAUCCUCCUUUCCCCUUCUUCCUCUUUAUGCUGCAAGAUACUAACCAAGGCUGCUACUUCAAAAACUACCAGGCUGGAUGUGUCACUGAUAAGACUUGCACAGUGUAAGUCAAGUUGACAUAUUCAACAAUAAAAUCCACAAGCUGUAAGCGAGGUGGAGGGUGGGGGGUGGGAUAUAUAUAAAAGAGGUUUUGUGACAGAGAUGUCUUCUUACACCAGGCCCAGUGGUGCAACUCUUAUCAGCUAGCACUAUCCUCACCUUCAUUCUAUAACCUGGGACAAAUCCUUGCCAGGUUAUCCUUCUGCCCAGUAUAAACGUCUGCCCAUAAUGAAGCUACGCAGUUAAGCAAAAGUGUGUUUUGUGUAUUGUACGCUACCUAAACUGAACCUUCUGUUCUUUUGUUUGAGCAAUGGUGUUGCAGUUACAAGUGAGCACAGUUGGUGUUUUCGCUUGAGAGGCAAAGCCUCACGUGCCAAAAAACGACUCGCUCACCCCCGCCUGCACUUCCCUGCGGAUCUGCCACUUGAAUAUAACAGGGCUGCCAGCGCAGUCCCAGACAAAGCUGCUUCUCCCUUCUGUUUGUUUCAGUAGCUGUAACUCCAUUCUGCCUCAUUCUGAAUGUCUUAAUAUCAUGUAUUUAUUUUUUGUUGACCAAGUAAAUGCUUUUCUUUUUUUU